UCGCCUCCCGCCGCCUCUGCGCGCGCGCUGGGCCGCCCGACGACGCGGGAGCCGCACGCGCCGGACGAGGCUCGCGGUGCUCGCUGCCGCCCGGCGCCGGCCCAGGCAGGCGGCCCCCGGUUCCCGCCCGGAGACGGUCGGCCCCGCGAAACCUGCUGCUCGAGAGCUGCCGCGGCGGCGGGAAAAAUGAAGAACGAAAUUGCUGCUGUUGUCUUCUUUUUCACAAGACUAGUUCGAAAACAUGAUAAGUUGAAAAAGGAGGCAGUGGAGAGGUUUGCUGAGAAAUUGACUCUAAUACUUCAAGAAAAAUACAAAAAUCACUGGUAUCCGGAAAAACCAUCAAAAGGACAGGCGUACAGAUGCAUUCGUGUCAAUAAGUUUCAGAGAGUUGAUCCUGAUGUCCUGAAAGCCUGUGAGAACAGCUGCAUUUUGUACAGUGACCUGGGUUUGCCAAAGGAGCUCACUUUGUGGGUGGAUCCAUGUGAAGUAUGCUGCCGGUAUGGAGAGAAAAACAAUGCAUUCAUUGUUGCCAGCUUUGAAAAUGAGGAUGAAAACAAGGAUGAGAUCUCUAAGAAAGUUACUAGAGCCCUUGAUAAGGUUACCUCUGAUUAUCAUUCGGGAUCCUCCUCUUCAGAUGAAGAAACAAGUAAAGAAGUAGAAGUGAAACCCAGUUCAUUGACUGCAACCCCAAGCCCAGUGUACCAGAUUUCAGAACUCAUAUUUCCUCCUCUUCCAAUGUGGCAUCCUUUGCCCAGAAAAAAGCCGGGAAUGUACCGAGGGAAUAGCCAUCAGAGUCACUACCCUCCUCCUGUUCCAUUUGGUUAUCCUAAUCAGGGAAGGAAGAAUAAACCAUAUCGCCCAAUUCCAGUGACAUGGGUACCUCCUCCUGGAAUGCAUUGUGAUCGGAAUCACUGGAUUAAUCCUCACAUGUUAGCACCUCAUUAGCUGCUUUUUGAUACUGUUGGUGUCAUGUUGAGAAAAAGUAGAAUAAACCUGACUACAUAGUAAAAGUUAAAAGUUCAUACUCAUAGUAGUACAGUUAGAUGGGCCAAACCAUCAAACUUAUUUUUAUAGAGAUGUUAUUGAGAAUAAUCUUUCUUAAAAUAUAUAUAUAUAUGCACUUUAGAUAUACUGAUAUAGUUUGAGAAACUUUAUUAAAGUUAGUCAAGUGCCUGAGUUUUUAAUAUUGGACUUGAGUAUUUAUAUAUUGUGCAUCAACUCUGUUGGAUACAAGAACACUGUAGGAGUGGAUGAUCUGUUGUAGCACCUUUAAGCAUUUACUUUAUGGAGAGUAUGUAAGUUAUUUAUACACAAGGAAAUCUAUUUUAUGUCUUGUUGUUCAGAAGAAUUGCGUGAAAUCAUGUAGUUGUAAAUAAAAAGUAGUUUGAGGCAUGACAGUGUGUUUCUGUUUUGUGCAUUAAAAAUAAGGGAGAAAGAACAAAGGGGAUGUUUCAUG